AUGGCUUGUGUAGCUGUAAACUCUCUUGUGAGAACUGUUGAGCUUGAGUUCUUGCAACCUCAACCUCGCCCAAUCGUACAACAAAAGGGACUCAUCCCUGGCAAUGAAGACUUGAUCCAAUCUCUCCACCACAAGCUUGGUUUCUUGAUAGAGCUGUUCGAUGAGAACAGAAUGGAUGGUAUUCAAGCCAUUAAAGACUUGGAAACUAAGCUCAGAGAUGUGGCUUUCCGAGUGGAAAAUGAAAUUGAAUUCCAAAUCGUACAUCUUCAUGAGAUAGAGGAACAUAAAGAGUUACUUGCAGGAAUAGCAGAAGCAAUAAGAGACAUUGAUGCCAUCCACAAAGAGUUAUCCAAAGUGAAGAUGGAGUAUGCCGCAGCCGCCUUGCAAGGAAUUGGAAUUGGAAGGAAAACAACAAAUACAGUAGUUGCCGCUUCUACCACAUCUAGUUGUAGUGAUGUGAUGAUGAUGGCGAGGGUGGGGGAUUCCUCCCAUCACCAACAGAGCAGCAGCAUAAUGGUGGGGAAAGACAAUGAGUUCCAGAUUGUAAAAAAGAUGUUAAUUGAGCAUUCAACAAGGCAACGGGAAAUUGUCUCAAUUAAAGGUAUGGGAGGUAUCGGCAAGACAACCUUAGCUAGACGACUUUAUGAAGAUCCAUCAGUUGUCUCCCAUUUUGACAACCGAGCUUGGGUUGUUGCCUCACAAUAUCAUAAUAAGUUGCAAAUGCUCACAGAUCUUCUUAAAUCAAUGGGUUGUGUAGUGGAUAGCAGCACUGAAGAAGAUCAGCUAGCACAACAACUGUACCAAAAGCUGAUGCAGCAAAGGUACUUUGUCGUGAUAGAUGACAUUUGGAGUGUCGAGGCCUGGGGUUCCGUCAAAGCUUGCUUUCCGGAUAAUGGAAAUGACAGUCGAGUUUUGUUGACUACUCGCUCUGCAAAGGUUGCUACUAUUAUAGGCUCUAACAAUGACUUUUCGCAUCAAAUGCAAUUGUUAGAAGAAGGUGAGAGUUGGAAUCUAUUUCAUGAAAAGAUAAGCAAAUGUCUGAGUUCUGAAUCCGAUAUGAUUGGGAGACAGAUUGUUAAGAAAUGCAAAGGAUUGCCUUUGGCAAUUGUUGUUGUUGCGGGUCUAUUUUCUAAACUUCAUACGCUAGAUGAGUGGAAGAAUGUCGCAGAAGCUCUAAAUUCAUCUGCAACAACAACAACAAUUCGUGAAGAAUGCUCAAUGAUACUCUCAUCCAGUUACAAUCACUUGCCUCACAGUUUGAAGGCUUGCUUUUUAUAUUUGAGCAUAUUUCCAGAAGAUUACGAGAUCCAUGUUAGAGAAAUUGUAAAGUUAUGGAUUGCUGAAGGACUUGUAAAGGCAUCCAAGGAUAUGAGCUUUGAUGCGGUGGCUAGAAGGCACAUUCAAGAACUCAAGGAUAGGAACUUAAUUCUUGUAAGUCAGCCAAGUAGUUGUGGAAGAAAAGUAAAGACAUUUAGAAUGCACGAUUUAUUGCAUUCUUUUUGUGUGAGUGAAGCUAAAAAGGAGAACCUUCUGCAUGUUGUCUAUGACUAUUGGACCAACUCCCUUCAGAAAGAUUACCGAUGGCUCCAGAGUCUGCAUCUUCGUUGUCCUGAAAUCGGGCCUCCAUUUGUGAUUCCAAAUAUUGACCCCCUUGAUUGCUUGAAAAACCUUAUGAGAUUGAGGUUUACUUACUUGGUAUUUGAGUGGAAGGCAAUUAAUAUUCUAGGCAAGUUGUCUAAACUUAAGGUGCUAAGGUUAAGCUGCUGUAAGUGCAUUGAUGAAAAGUGGGAACUAUUGGAGGAGGAGAAUUUCGACCAGCUAAUUUAUUUAGAAAUUGAUUCCAUUUAUGGCCUAAAGCAAUGGGAAGCAAGUGAUUGUCAUUUUCCAAAUCUUGAGCGCCUAGUCCUUAAAAGGUGUACAGAACUGGUAACGAUUCCAACUAAGAUUGCAGACAAUCUAAAUUUGAAGUCAAUUGAAUUGGAUAACUAUUGUCUUCCUUUUGCGAUGGAUUCUGCCAAGGAAAUUCAAAAAGAGCAACAUGAGUAUGGAAACGAAAAUAUGGUUAUCAUCCCGCUGGAACACACAACACAGCAAGGUGGCAGCUCCCUCACUCUUAGUUCCCAUGUCAGAUCGGCUCCGAUAAUCAGAAAUGUUGGACAGGUACCGCGACGCUAGCUAGCUUAGCUUGUAAAAUGCAACGCUUUUCAUUGUUAAUGAUUCGGCUGGGUAUAGUAGUACACUUCUCCCUCAUAAAUCUGAUCUGGGCACUUUAAUUUGUUGUGGCUUAGCUUGUAAUGGGAAGUUUUCUUAGAACGGGUACGGUUUAACCAAAAUUAUUGCUUGCUGCGAGGCUUUAAUUUAUCCCGACUUAAAUGGAGAUGUAUUAAUAACGUCAUCCGGCCUAGAGCUAAGACAUACAGACGUACAAUUUUAACUUUUGUUAAUGUUUCUCUUGAUUAUUUUUAUUCA